CAAUUUCAAAAUAAAAUUACAUCAGUAACUAUUUAUCCAGACGUAGGUUAACAUUGUUAUUAUUUUGACGUGUCAAACAGUAUCGACCAAAAUUCUAUAAACGCCUGAUCGAGCAUUAAAAAGAUAAGACGUACACUCGUUUUGAAUUUUGUCCCCUAGGGGAAACUAAUACAUGCACAUAGCUGGCUCAGUUUCGUUGUUACUAGCUAUACUAUACGCGAUAAUGAACGGUAGCGAAAAGUGCGUAUAUAUUCUAUGAACAGAUCCGUUUUCUACGAGUUUGACAGAUGAUCAACUGUCAAUAUUCAAACACUUGGGCAAGAUAAUAUAUUAAUAAAUACUCUACAAUGGAGGCCGUACCAAGAUUACCGAUGAUAUCCUUUCAAUUGAAAGUCAGUCCCGAGCCCACAACGUUUGGACCAAAGUUAAAACAGUAUAUACGUGACUUUUAUAACGAGGAUCCCGAAUCAUAUACACAUGAAAUACGUCAAUUAGAAAGCCUACGUGCCCUGGCUAUAAGACCACCCAUCGACGUAGCGGGCUGUUCGUUGUUGAAAAAGUAUUAUUGCCAGUUGCAUUUCCUUCAGAGCAGAUUCCCCAUGGGUAAAGACGGGGCAGCUGCUGUCACGUUUACAUGGAGGGACACGUAUGCUAACAUGGUCUGUUCAUUGGCAAAUAUCCGCUUUGAAAUCAUUUCAAUUUUGUAUAAUAUCGGUGCUAUGCAUACUCAACUGGGAGCACUUACAGAGAGAACAUCCGCCGAAGGGAUGAAGAUGGCUUGUGCUCACUUUCAAUGCGCAGCGUGGGCGUUCGAACACCUGAAAAAUAGUUACCCGCAGCCACCCGGGGUAGAUUUAGCGCCGGAGCUAAUGACGUUCAUGCACCAGCUUUGCUUGGCGCAAGCUCAGGAAUGUAUAUUAGAGAAAAGUAUGCUGGAUAACCGGAAACCGUCGAUCGUAGCAAAAGUCGCGAGACAAAUAGUGGACUAUUUCAAUCUGGCAUUAAUUACGCUUGAGCAAGGGGGAAGCGAGGAUGGUACCAUAUCAGACACAGUCGGUACUAAAAUUUAUAAGAGCUGGAAGGUUUACUUGAAAUUCAAGAAGGCGUAUCACUUAGCGGUUACUUAUUUAUAUCAAGGCUUAGCUGCCGAGGAGCAGAGAAAGAUGGGAGAACGGGUAGCGUUUUAUAAUUCCGCGUUGGCUUCUCUGAACGAGGCGCAGUUACUCUACUCGAAUAUUCCUGGAGAAAAAACGAUUAUAGAAGAGGCAUUAACUUUCACGAACGACGUGAUAGAAGGGAAGCGUAAAGCAGCCAAGAACGAGAACGAGUUCAUAUACCACGAGGAGGUGCCUGAAAAGGAAACAUUACCUACUGUGAAAGGAGCACCUCUAGUUAAAGGGAUAUCGUUCAGUAUCAACGAUCCCGAAGUCUCGGGUCCUGAUAUAUUCGCCAGAUUAGUACCAAUGAAGGUACACGAAGCGAGUUCGAUGUAUUCGGAGGAGAAGGCGAAAAUAUUGCGUUCCGUUGGGAGUAAAGUAGAAGAGAAGGAUCAGCAGUUAAAUACCUACCUGACGUCUCUGAAAUUAGAGCACAUGAGCCUCUGGGAUCCCGACGCUCAGACAACGGAAUGGGAACGUUUACCUCUGCCUGAGGAAUUGGUCGAAAGGUGCGCGGCGAUGAACGCGAAAAACGGGAUCCAAGAUUUGGUCGAGAUCAUGGACAAAUUAUCAGAGACUUGCGAGGACGUUGAGAAGAUACUGAAGGAAAUUAAGAAGCUGCUUCUCGACGAGGAGCAGAAGGAGAAGGAGUAUCAAGACGCGGUCGGUAAGCGACCGCCCUCGAUAGUCGCAACGGAUUUAACUAGAGAAGCUAAGAAAUACGAGGAGGCCUAUAACAAAGCUUUGGAGACCAAUCAUUCACUUAACAAAGGAAUAACAAAGCAUGUAAAGAAUUUAGAGUUACUCUCUCAGCCGCUUGCCGAGCUUAUCGCUCACAUACCUUCGCCCACCGCGUACCUUUCCGAACAAAAUACCGAUAAGUCGCACAGCGCGAUCGAAUUAGAAAGAAUGCAGACGAAGGAAUUGAAACGUAUCCUGAACAAAGUCGAUGAGAUGCGGAGACAGAGGAGCGAGUUGCAUUCCAAGCUACGUGACUCGAUUGCGCAGGACGAUUUAACGCGCUUGCUAGUUACUGCGACGUCCGAUUCCGGGCCUUUGGACCGUCUUUUCGCGGAUCAGCUCAGCAAACAUCAGAACCUGGUGUCGUUAAUCGAUCAGAACCUAGCUGCACAAGAUAACAUACUGACCGCGUUAACAGAUGCUUACGCUCAAACUGCUAACGUUCGAAAGGGAGUGGAAGAAAUUCUGAAACGUCGUGAGCAUAAAAUCUCCUCGUUAAUCGCAUCUUAUGACGCUUACGAAAACUUGCUAGCUAAAUCCAGCAGAGGCCUUGAGUUUUAUAGAAAAUUGGAAAUAAAUGUUUCGAAACUACUUCAGCGAGUGAAGAGCACUUGUAAAGUGCAGGACGAGGAACGGGAACAGAUUCUUGCGCAGGAUAGUAACAAGAAUUCGCAAGAAAAGAUCGAUCCUGUAAUAGCGGCUGGUUACGAUCCGAACCGCGGCCGAUCCGGUGGUAGCGGGCUUAAAUUAAAGGAUUACUUAAAUAACAGACCAGAGACUAUUCAGAAUCAAUAUUACAAUGUCUACAAAGGGCAGAGCAAGCAGAUGGACGUGGCCGGAAAAUCGUAUUUGAACGAGACUGUGAACAAAGCUACGACUGUCCAUCCCGGUGGAAUCACCGGGAUCGAUGCUAUGUCGGCUGAUAAAUCUAUGCAGCAGUAUUACCCCUCGCCGUAUACGGAUUACAAAACGAAUUUGCCUUAUUCUCACGAGUCUAGCACGUACAACGAGAACGCCGCUUUGAAUCAAACCUACAUGCACAUAAAUAGUACAGACGCAGCGAGCACUUAUCCGCAGGUACUCGGGACGAAUACGAUGACAGACACUACAGCACAGUAUCCAGUAAAUUCUUACAUAUCCAACGGUCAGUAUUCUACGACUGUGGACAGCCAGCAUAAGUACCCGAGUGUUCAGUCGCAGUACAACUAUCCCAGCAGCGCGUUACAGUAUGAGACCUAUCAACCCACAGUUGAUUAUGCUGGAUAUAACGUUGCGCAGUAUCCUCCGAAUCUCGACAAGACUGGUACCGCUGCUAAAACCGAAAUGUCCACUCAACCGUCGACGAUAGCGCAAACUAUGCCUCUAUCGAGCACAGUGAACAAGACAACGGAUAUGCACGCACAUCUCUAUACGACUGCGACUCAACCAGGACAGCAGUAUGUUCUUGAACAACAGAAAUUCGUUCCUCAAGAGCCAGUCCCGAUCGUGCAAAAUCAGCACGUAUUGCCAGACAACCAAAUGCAGAAUUAUACUCUUCCUCAAAUGAAUCAGAACGAAGUUCCGUCUAGCCAAAGCUACGCCGCUGGCAUUUAUUAUAACGCGGCUGAUUUACAAACUCAGCAAGUCGCAUCGAACCAGACUAUCCCUGCAGCGAGCAACAUUCCCGGUUCCGGACACUACGUACAACCGCAGUACAUGAACGCGAGCAUUCCUCAAUCUGUUCAUUCUACGACUUCUUUGCCUGUUAAAGACGUGGGCGAUUCAUACUCCCCGGCGAUGCACGGCUCGAAUAUUCUACAAUACCCACAACAGGGGACCGUCGAUCAGAGUAAACAAGUUUAUACGGAUAAAGGAUAUCAGUAUGGAUCGCAGACGUUGACUAACGACGCUGCGUUGAAUUAUCCUAGUACUUAUCACGGUAUACAGCAUCCCGGUAGCGUUUCGUACCCACAGACCAUGUUACCUACUGAUACCACUGGCACUUAUGCGUACGCGAGCACUACGAACGACGCGGAGAUGAUUCAGAGCCACGCGAAGUCCUCGACGAGUAUACAAAAUUAUCCACAGUCUUAUCAGUAUCCGCAACAGUAUUCGGGAUACGGUGGCUACGCUCAUGGCUACACUCAGGGAUACAAUUAUGUCCAAGGAAAUCAAGCGGCUAACGCGAUGGAGGAACCGUAUAAAAAUCAGAUGGGAUAUACUUAUAAUCCCACUAGUCAGUGUUACGAAUACAACCCGGGGAGCGUUCAGACUUCGCAGCCUGUUCAAGUGUCUCAACCGACUGACUCGGCACCGCAGAUAAAUACUGGUAUUAACAAUGUCAGUCAACAGCAAGAGACUAGCGCGAGAUACACGAACGCUAGUAACAAUUCCACGGUUAGCCAGACUCCGUCUUCUCAGUACUCUAGCCAGACGUAUCUGCCGGAAAGUUCGUCCGACAAUUAUUACACCACGCAGUACGGUCUUCAAAUGCAAAAUCAAACGUCCGUUAGCAAACAAGAAACUUACAGUAAUUACAAUCAGACGUACAUGCAAGCUGCUAACAACGGAACUAAUACGACGACGAGCACGAAUCCUACUAAGUCGACUACGAAGUCGGAAACGUCGAACGUAGACCUGCUCGCGGAUCUCGAUGUCACGAUAAACCACGCGCCUUUGGUCCCGGAGGUACGGCCUGCGAAUAAAACCGAGGAAACCAAAUCCCAAGACGAAGCUGCAGCAACUACAACGAAGGACGAAGAUGCGAAUAACGAGUCGACGAAAGACGACGAGCAACCUGCUGCUUCGUCUAGCGUCGUCGAGGACAAGACGGAGAACGAGAAUUUACAAAUCGUAUGGGACACGUGGUCGAACGAUGUGCAACCUAAGAAAGAUCCGUUAGGAGAUCCUGCAGCGUUGCAAAAAUUCGUCAGCGAGGUAGAGAAGUACGAAAAAUUUGUAGAUAGUUUGCUCGUAAAGACGUUGAGCGGUGCGACCAAUCUCGACAUAAAAUGGAAAGAGGUUCAAGAAUUCGAAGAAAGGGAGAGCAGUAAACAAUCGUGUACAGUAGCGUUGGCGCAUUCCUCGGAAAACAGAGUGAUGGAGUGUAUCCCGUACGAUACAACUAGGGUACAAAUGUCGACUACGGACGUUCCGAACUACAUCAACGCUUCCCAUAUAAUGGAGAUCACGCAAUGGAUACCAACAGGAUUUAUUAUAACUCAAGCGCCGUUGCCGAACAAACUAGAAGUAUUCUGGACGAUGAUAUGGGAACAAGAGAGCGAGAUAAUCGCGUGUUUAAUAUCCGAUUCGCAAUUAAGCGGAGAGAUAUAUUGGCCUAUAAACGAAGAAGACGUGCUGAACGUCGGUAGCUUUACGAUUCGGUUGAAAAAGAGAACCAAUCAUAUGUCGUACGUCCAAAGAGUUAUUUCUGUGCAUAAUACUAAGAAAAAUUCCGAAAAGACUGUCGUGCACAUGCAAUUCCUCACAUGGCCUUCAAACGGUUUUCCUAGUAGUCCAGGCCCGUUGCUCAGCUUCUCGACGGAUGUGAUGACCGAGCAGGCAUUAAGACAUUGCACGAAACCAGUAGUGGUCCACUGUCUAGAUGGCGGAGCAUUGAGCAGCUUAUUCCUCGUAGCAGCAGCGACGGUGUGUCAUAUACGUGCGGGUUGCGGGAUAGUCAACGUACCCCUGGUAUUCAAAGGUCUUCUGAAGUGCCGUAAACAAAUUGUAAAUAAGGAGUCCUUGCUGUUCGCAUAUCAGCUAGUGUUGUACCAUGCUCAAGACAUUUUAAUGAAACGUGGAAUAUUAUCGUCUACUCGUUCGACGUUCGAGAACUUUGAAGGGUUGAAAGGAAGUAAAGAUAAAACGAACAGAAAGAUGCACCCUUCAGACGACUUCCUUCACAGCCUCGGUAUCAACGCGCAGCGAGCCGAUGCCGAGCAAGGACGGCAAAAAGGUUCUACUGGUAGUGGCAUAACGCAUUCUGUCGCGGCGUCGAUCCAAGAGAAAUCUAAAGAAGGAGCGAUAGAUCCUUUGAGCCAGCUGGAUCCUCUAUGGUCUAUUAGAAGGUAAUCGAUUAACUCGCAAGUAAAAUUUUAUUAUGCACCUCGGUAAAUAAAUCUCUUAUUUAAAUGAACGAUUGCAUUCCCGCGUUUCUUAAAUUAACGAGAACUGCUAACGGUAAGAUAUAACUAAGGUAAUUGUAUAAACGACGCUAUUCGUAUUGAUUCGUAUCGAGCCGAAAUUCCCGAGACGCGAAGACAGUUACGGCUCGACAAAUAUUUCGUAAUGUUUUAAGUUCUAAGGGUUUUACAGUCUGUAAAAUAUAUCGAAUAAAAUGUAUGUAUAAAAAGACAA